GAGCAGAGCGCGGGGAAAACCAGCGCAGGGAUGGAGCUUUCCUCAACCGAUCGGGCGCUGGUGCAAGCGCUGUGGAAAAAACUGGGCAGCAAUGUCGGAAUCUAUGCGACCGAGGCCUUGGAGAGGACUUUCCAGGCUUUCCCCUCCACCAAGACCUACUUCCCGCACUUUGACCUGAGCCCUGGCUCCAGUCAGGUCAAAGCCCAUGGCCAGAAGGUGGCCAACGCGCUGACCCUCGCUGCCAACCAUCUGGACGACCUGUCUGGUGCCCUGUCUGCUCUGAGUGCUCUGCACGCACACAAGCUACAUGUGGACCCUGCAAACUUCCAGGUUAAUCUCCUCAGCCACUGUCUGCUGGUGACCCUCGCCCGCCACUACCCAGGAGACUUUAGCCCUGCCAUGCAGGCAUCCUUGGACAAGUUUCUGAGCAACGUGAACUCAGCACUGGCCUCCAAGUAUCACUGAACUGAGGAUGGGUUGUAGUGGGCU